ACGAGACGAGGCGACCUACCGUAGCGACUCCACAAGCGUCGCUGUGUGGCCGGAGUCUUUCGCCGGCCUACGGCUAGCCGCCCACUCCACCCCUCGUGGCCAAUCGAUCCACCCAUCAGCCGCGCACCGCCAUGCCACCGCGGCCUCACGUAGUACCACGGACGACGCCCCGUCAUCUGAUCGCGACGCCGAUCGCAUGACGGCACUGCGCUCGUCGCACGCACGCUCCUUCACGGGCAAGCCAAGCCAGCCCCAGAUCGACGCACCAAGACAAAUCGCCGUGUCGACCCCCCGUCCGAUCACCUUCGCCGCCAAGAAACCGACGGUGAGUCCGUCCGUCCACCAUAAGUAGGGCCGAGGUCUCGCCUCGAUCACCACCAGACAUUAAUUUGCUUCCAUCUCGUUUCGGUUCUGGGUUCUGGCCGGCACGGAGAGAAGAGAGAAGAGGAGAAGAGUUCGAGCUAGCCCGCCGGAGAUGCGAGGGGUGGACGGGGCGGCGGCGGCGGCGGGGGUGUGGGGCGGGCUCAACUCCGGGGUGGUGCUCAGCAUCAUCGCGGUGCUGUGGACGGUGGUGUGGCAGAACCUGCAGCACCUGCAGCUGCAGCACUUCGUCAAGCGCAACCUCGGCCGCCACGCGCGCCGCCUCGCCGCGCUCGUCGACCCCUACCUCUCCGUCACCAUCGCCGAGUACGACGGCGGGAGGAUGCGCCGCGCCGAGGCCUUCGAGGAGGUCAAGGCCUACCUCGCCGCGGCCACCUCGCGCAGCGCGCGCCACCUCCGCGCCGAGGGAGCCCCGGACGCCGACCGCCUCGUGCUCAGCAUGGUCGACGGCGAGGAGGUCCCCGACCAGCUGUUGCCCGAGGAGGGCGGCGGCGCGGUCUUCUGGUGGGCCUCCUCACGCCCGGCGCCGCCGCAGGACCGGCGCUGGGGCGGCGGCUGGGGAGGCGGGGACGAGGAGAACCGCCGCUUCUACCGCCUCUCCUUCCUCGACCGCCACCGCGAGCAGUUCGGCGACGGCGGCUACGCCCGCUCCGCCUGGACGCACGUGCCGUUCCAGCACCCCAAGACGUUCGCCACGCUCGCCAUGGACCCGGCCAGCAAGAAGGAGGUCAUCGACGACCUCGACGCCUUCAAGGCCGGCAAGGAGUGGUACGAGCGCGUCGGCAAGGCGUGGAAGCGCGGCUACCUGCUACACGGCCCUCCCGGGACGGGCAAGUCGGCCAUGAUCGCCGCCAUGGCGAACCACCUCGACUACGACGUGUACGACAUCGAGCUCACCUCCGUGCACUCCAACACGGACCUCCGCAAGCUCUUCAUCGGCACCACCAGCAAGUCCAUCAUCGUCAUCGAGGACAUCGACUGCUCCCUCGACCUCACCGGCGCGCGCGAAAAGAAGAAGGACGCCGCCCCCGAGGAGGUCGACAAGGCCAGCAAGGGCGACAAGAAGGGCGCGGCGGACGCGAGCAGCAAGGUGACGCUGUCGGGCCUGCUCAACUUCAUCGACGGGCUGUGGUCGGCGUGCGGCGGCGAGCGGGUGAUCGUGUUCACCACCAACCACCUGGAGAAGCUGGACCCGGCGCUCAUCCGGAGGGGCCGCAUGGACAAGCACAUCGAGAUGUCUUACUGCCGCGGGCCGGCGUUCGAGUUCCUCGCCAAGGCCUACCUGGGCGUGGACGAGCACGAGCUGUUCGGCGCCGUGGGCGCGCUGCUGCGGGAGGUGGACAUGACGCCGGCGGACGUGGCCGAGAACCUGACGCCCAAGAGCGCGGAGGACGACGCGGGGUCGUGCCUCAGGGGGCUGGUGGCGGCGCUGGAGAAGGCCAGGGACGACAAGGCCAGCGGCGGCGGCGGCGGCAAGGAGGAGAAGCGGCCGGAGGAAGAAGACGGGGGAGCGGUUGCCGCCGUUGACAAGGAGUGAUGGAUCGGGCGAGUGAGUCAGAGUAGCUCAGGAUGAGAAUAUCAUGAUGUCAGGCACAUUAUUGGAGAUGACGUUUAUUUCUACUAGCAAGUAAUGAUGCCGCUUAGAAUAAUCAGACCCAGAUUUGGAUGUUGGCGGGAAUGGAAAGGCUGGCGGCCACGUCUUCUAUACCUGCUCAUUUGGCAUUGUUAAGCUUCGAAAAUGCCAAAUGGAGGCCGAAUUUAAAAACUUCAAAAUCAAACUUUCCAGUUUCAAUUAUUAUUAUUUUGAAAAAA